CUCUCUGCGAGUCACAGUCCCUCCCACACCGGGUGACAUCUGCAUACGUAGGGACUUGGGGGAGUGGCUUGGAUGCCUCCCAGAGGCUGAGAGGAGACAAUGAGAGUGAUCCCCGACAGGGACCGCUAGCUCAGAAAUAGGCAGGUCUCCGUCCCCGUAAUCGGUGCCUGGGGGAGGGCAGGACACCGGCGGGACGUGCUUUUGUAUACGGUCCCCGGGACGCCAUGGAUGCCGCACAGCCGCCCCUUCCCCCAGCGCUGUGCUCGGUGCUCUCGAUGAAGAGUCACAGCUGUGAGGUGACCCUGGAGCCCGGAUGGUCGCUGCUGUCCUGGAGAGAACUGCGGCCCCGGCGCGGGAGGGACAGGGGCCGAGCAGGUACCUGCUUGGCACACGUGAUCCACAGAGCAAGAUGUCUCACGGGCAGUUUAACUCAUCGAUUGCCUUCAGGGUCAUUCCGUGUCAAGUGGACCACUUUAGAAAAUCAUCCCCACUUGACCAUCUCCAAUUUUGAUGAGAUUUUGCAUGAAGGUGGUCACAUUGUUCCCAUAUCAGAGAUUGUUUCAGUUGGAGAAGCAGAGAUUGACGAGAAGUACUAUCAGGGCAUCCAGUGGCAACACAUGUGUAAACCUCAUGCAUUUACAGUGCACUAUGUGCAGAGAAUGAAGAAGCAUCGCUGGCGGUGCAAAUCGGUGACCUUUUGGUGCAGUGAUGAACUUCUUUGCUGCCAGUGGUUACAAGCACUUAAUGAUCUACUUGAAAAACAGACAUGGAGACCAAAGCACUUACUAGUUUAUAUAAACCCAUAUGGUGGAAGGAAGAAAGGAAAACAAAUAUAUGAAAAGAAGGUGGCUCCUUUGUUCAGCCUUGCCUCCAUCUCAGCAGAAGUCAUAGUGACAGAAUAUGCAAACCAUGCUAGAGAUAGCCUGUAUGAUGUCAAUCUGGAAAAUUAUGAUGGCAUUGUUUGUGUUGGUGGCGAUGGAAUGUUCAGUGAAGUGCUGCAUGGCCUGAUAGGCCGGAUACAAAAGGAUUGUGAUGUUGAUCAGAACACUCCCAAAGUCCCAUUAUCUCCGUGCAAUAUGAGGAUUGGCAUUAUUCCUGCUGGUUCUACGGACUGCGUAUGCUUUGCUACUGUGGGUAUCAGUGAUCCAGUAACCUCUGCUUUGCACAUCAUUUUAGGUGAUUCUCAGCCCUUGGAUGUUAGUUCAGUUCACCACAAGAAAAUGUUUGUGAAGUACUCCGUUUCUUUAUUGGGCUACGGUUUCUACGGUGAUGUUUUAAAAGGAAGUGAAAAGAAUCGGUGGCUGGGCCCUGCUAGAUAUGACUUUUCAGGUUUCAAGACUUUUUUAUCUCAUCGCUACUAUGAAGGAACAGUAUCUUUUCAACCAGCAAAAUGGGCCGUUGGGUCUCCACGGGACAAAGUUCGCUGCACAUCUGGGUGCUACAUUUGCAGGCAAAGUAGUAAUCAGCUGGAAGAGCAGCAGAAAGCCAGUGUGUUGGAGCACAAUGAGCAAGAGGAGAACUGGACAACAGUCAAAGGAAAAUUCCUGGCCAUUAAUGCAGCUAGCAUGAGCUGUGCCUGUCCACGGAGCCCAAAAGGCCUUUCACCGGCAGCUCAUUUGGCAGAUGGAACAGCAGAUCUCAUCUUAGUUCGCAAAUGCUCUAGGCUGAAUUUUCUACGGCACCUUAUCAGGCACACAAGAAGCAAUAGCGAUCAGUUUGACUUUCCAUUUGUUGAUGUUUAUCGGAUAAAGAGUUUUCAAUUUACACCAAAGCAUUUUGAAGAUGAUGAUGCUGAAAGCACUGACUUGGUGAAUAUAGGUAAAAAGAACUUUGUUCAGAUCUGCACAGAUCACCCCUCAUGUGGGUGCAGCCAGGUGAACAGUAUCUGGAAUUGCGACGGGGAACCCCUGGAUCAGUCUGCCAUUGAAAUGAGAGUUCACUGUCAGUUGAUUAAACUAUUUGCACGUGGUAUUGAGGACUCACAGAAACAAGAUGACGAAGCCUCUAACAGGAUUUAGUGGAUAUGAUGUGGACGUGUUUUCCGAAGACUAUUAUGUGUUGUUGUUUUUUCUUGUUUGUUUUGGUUUUCUUUAUUUAUUUUAGGUGCAAAACGCUUUUAAGAAAAUAUUAUGGAACAUGCUUUAGGAAAAAAAUAUCUAAUGUAUUUUAAGUUUAAUAUUGCCAUAAUUUAUAGUGACUUAUUAUAAGAUUCUGAUAUUGUGAUGACGUAUGUAAGGUUGCAUAACCUUAAUAUUUGCUUCUCUAGGGCUUUGCAGUGUUUUUAUAAAAUAUAACAAAUCUAGAUUUUGACAGUCUACAUUUGUUUGUACAGUCAACUAGAGAAGAGAAAAAAAAACAGUCGUGAUGACAACCAUGAAAAGCUGUACAUUGAUUAAAAGUAGACUUAAAUUUAGAAUCAUGUACUUUGAUUUUAAUUCACUGUGGUGCAAUAUGUUGCAAUUGUUUCUUGGCUAGUCAUUUUCUAAAUGUGUUUUUUUCAAUCCUAUAAACCUAGAUUAGGUAAACGAUGAAUUACCAUGGUCCAGUUUGUUCUCCGCAAAAGACUGAAAACGUUAAACGUUAGCCAUUGUGGCACAUUUUGGCCAGUUACAUAGAAAGGUCUAGCCAUGGCAAUUAUGUCUUGAACUUUCACACUACUUGUGUGAUCUACAGUAGGCUAAAGAUGCCAGUUCCAUAGGGUUUUCUGACAAACCAAUGUAUACAUAUAUGUUAGAAGCAUGGAAUUUUGUGUACUUUGUUUUUUAGGGACUAAAUUGAGUGCUCUGUAAUUCGUCAAACUCACCAGCAAACUGUUUUCUUGACCUUCUUGGAGCUUACCUUAUUAUAGUACUCUAGUGUGAAAUAGUUGUAUUUUUAUGUUGGUGUGUUGGAGGUCAGCAAAAUCUCCCCAAAAUACUCAAUUUCAUUCUGAGAUUGGCACCUGUUUUGCUAGUUUCAGUGGGGGAAUUGUCCCCAAUUGUUUUCAGUCGUAUACCAAUCACACUAUACAGAAAAAUAUUGCAGAAAACUACAUAGAUGCCGCUCAGGUUGCAGACUAAUUAAAAUGUAAAGCUGUAAUAUUGGUUUAGAGAUGUGUCCACGUACAUCUAGCUUUCCUGCAUGUUAAAUAGUCCUUGUAGUCACGCCAUGCCGUGGUGUGAAUCUGUAGUGCUGAGCUUCUUUACGUGCAACUUUUUCCAUAAAAAUGUGUAUUUGCAUUGCUAUGCGAAUAGGACGCACAAGCAGCUUAUGCUGAUUAAGUGAUAUGCAGCAUGUGUAUACUCUGUGUGCGACCGUAGCUGUAUCUGCAUCCGAAAUGGUACAUUGCAGUGUUUUCCUCAAACGCUGUAACAUAGCAUUUUGUAUGCAGAUACAGAUGCACACAGAAUAUCAGCAUGAUGCAUAUCGUUUUAAUCAACAGUCUUCUUGUGCAUCCUAUUCGCAUAGCGAUGCAAAUAGGACGCAUUUUCGACAGAAAAGACGCUAGAUGUAUGAGGACGCAUCUGUAUGUGUGAACUCUGUUUUUUGUUUUUUUUUUUCCUUAUUACUACUUUUGUUUGUUUUUUACUUCAUACAUUGUGAGGGUUUAAAUGUAUCUUCCCUUAAUUCUGAAUAUAUUGUAGUUAAUACACAAGUACAUUUAUAAUUCAAUGUACUGUUAGUAAAGCGUUAUAUUUAUAUUUACCCCUCCCUGAGUUAAACAUAUAUUCUUUCUGUAAUAAUAUUUGUUUAAAGUCCCCAGUUUGAUAAUCUGCACCAGCACAUUGUACAACUGGAAAGCACAGAGUGGCACUCCACAUGCAUGCUGUACAGCAGAAUGAAAUGCUGGUUGAUGUCUGAGCUCUAUUCAUAGACUAUGCAUUCCAUGGCAUGCAAAUCUCAAAUACACUGCAAAGAAGCCAUGCAGCAGAGUGGUGAUACAAAAGUGUUUCAUCUCUGUUCCAGAUGUUAUCCGCUAGCUAGGUGUCAGAGCGAUUUACAAUUCUGCAUGGCACAGGUGUGAAUACAAGUAAGAAUGUACUGCCAGCAGUGACCUAUGGGAAAUGUUUGCUUUUUACAAUUACCCAAACUUUACAGAUAUAAAAUAAAAUUGCAGUGUAAGAACUCUGCAUAGUGCUAUGCAGAAAUAUUUUCCUUUUACAAAUUAUUUUUUCCUAUUCUCUUAUGUCCUUAUAGUUUCUCAUCUUAAGUUAAUUAUCAAAAUUAAUAGUUCAACAAUCAGUGAAUUGUUUGGAACAGUUUGCUGCUUUGGUGUUCUGUCCAGGUCCCCAGAAAGCACAUAGGUAAGCACUGGCGGACUACGCUUGCUUCCUAUUAGCCACAACAGCAGCUGCAAAGGAUUGCAAUAAAUAUGAUAGCUCUAUUCAAUAAAUCCUUAUAAAUCUCUCUGUGGAAGUUUACUGUGCAGGGUUAGAUUUCCCCAGAUCAGUUUUACUUGGUCUAGUCCUAUAAAACCCUUUCACAGAGCCCUAAAAGAUGAUGCAUUUGGCAUGAACACACUUCUCUUGAGUUGUUUUCAUUUGUAACCCUUUAUCUUUUCCACUAUACAGGUUAGUAAAUAUUGGUAUUGGUGGCAUUCUGCCCUGCCUUGUAGAACUAAUCUCCUUCAUGCAAUUAUUGGUUCAGUAAAUUAGCACAAACUAUUUUAAACACUGUUGAUCAUAGAUUUUAUUUUUAAUUUACUUCUGCUUUGUCAUAGAGAAUAGAAUUGUUUAAAAUAGGUUGUUGCCUAGUAAAAUUUACUUACAAAAGAUCUGCAUAUUAAGAAGUAGAUUUUUUUUGUUUUGUUAGUGGGUAUCGCUGAUGAAUAAUUAAGUCUUUAGCGCAAUAAAGUAGUACUGCUAUACUUUCACCUCCACUGUUGUCUUAAUUCCAUGUAUUGUGGAUAAUGGACAAUAAAUGUUACCAGGUUAUUGUUCUACAUAAUAUACAUCUAGAGAAGACUGUCUUUCCUAUUGAUCUGUUACUAAUUUGGCAUCUCCAAAUCUGAUACACAAGCUGUAAUAUAAGAAAAGUCUUUGAUUACACAUUUGUAUGUGUGUUUAAUUUAUUUUUUUUGCCCCUUUUUAUUUCAUUUUUCCAUGCAACUCUGCAAUGCAAACAAGUAAACAUUCCUGCUAUUUUUAAAUCAUGAAAUAAAUAUUUUAGUAUGCAAAAAA